AUGAAACCUUAAAUCGCCAUUCUCGCUACCAUCCUUUUAUUGUUAAGUGGUUCUGCUCUUUACCUUUAUCAAAGAGAAUAAGCUAGAGAAUAAAACUAAUUAGAAAACUACGCUAUCGCUUGUGGUAAAUGUGGAUGGAACGCUUUCAAGAUCUUCACUGCUUGCCCUGCUGCUGCUGCUGAAGACGGCUUGAAUCCUUGGGUUGAUUAUAAGUGUGUAUCAAGUGUCAUGAAGAGUGGUCCUAACUGCAAGUCUUGUAUUUGUGAAUUAGCUUCAGCUUUCCACAAAAGAGUUAAAGGUUGUUGA